GGUUUAAAAGCCAUACAGCUGCAUGCAUGAAAACAAAACAAAGAGACUUAGAAAGUAGUGAGAGAUCCACGAGAACACAGCAGCAAGAGAUUUACAACAGCACAGGGAUACAGGACACACCAAGGAAAAAUGAAGGCUGUUAUUGUAUUCGUGCUGCUUUUCGCAGCAGUCUAUUGUCACCCUGUCAAACGUUCAGCCAGCAGCUCAGAGAGCUCUGAGGUGCAGCCUGUCGAUACUCAGGUUUUGAAAGUCACUCCAGUCACUGACAUCAGCUCUGAAGAGGAUGAUGAUGAUGAUGAUGAUGCUGAUGAUAGUGACAGCGAUGAGUCUGAUGAGAACGGAAUGACCACCGUUCCUCCUGUUUUCAUGGAGACCACUCUGAUCCCAGUAAUUAACGGCCGUGGAGACAGCAUUGGCUACCAGAGUGACUACAAGAAACCCAUCUAUGAUGUGGAUGGCAACAACAUCGAGAAAGGACCUUUUUCUUAUAAAUCAUACGAGUCUGACAAGACCGAGUAUAACGAUGUGGACCUGAAAGUAUACAAGGCUUUGCAGGUGCACAAUGUUGGGUUGGACCAGGGAAUGGACACCUCAAGUGGCACGGAUGCUGACGACGUGAGCCAGCAAGAGCAAAAGGCCGCUUCCACUUCUAGUGCCAGUGAUGCCACGCCCAGUGUGGAGAGCGACGAAGACAGCCAGAGCAGCGAGGAGGACACGAGCGUGCCCACCACGACCGACAGCAAUUCAUCUGAGAGCGACGAGAGCGACGAGAGCAACACCACCGACCAGACUGCACUGAUCAAGAGUGACAACGCUGAAGUCGUGAUCGCUUAAAAUGAGCCCAGAGCUGCUGGUGACACGUGACUCACUUCACCUCGUGUGAUAAGAAGCAGAACGCAACGAUACGGCGCGGAAAAACCUGCUCUGAUCCUGAAGCUGCAUUUCGUUACCUGUCAAAAAGCCGUUUCUUUCAAACAAACCUACAUUUGCACAAUCAUUUAUGAUAAGUUUAUGUAAUAUAUUUUAUUCAUCCCUAUAUCAUGAUUUAUCAUUUAUUAUUAAAGUCUUUUUUUC